GUUAGAGCGAUAAAAUGGCUACGACAAAAGUGAAAGAUCCAAUUCUAGACAACUUGGUAUGGAGUGACAUCGAGUACAGACUCUCUGAUUUCGUCGAUCGCUUUCCUCUUCCACAAAUAGUCAAAGUUCAAGAAGGUUACUAUGGACCCACUGAAGAUUCUUGCAUCGGUGCCGAGCAGGUAAUGACACUGCAUUGUUUUAAAACGACGGAGAAAGUGUUAGCCCGAGAUCGGAAGAAACGGGAGCUACAUAUCCCUCUCAACUGUUCGCAGAAGGUGGAACUUCGUCCGGCCGACUUUCGAGGAAUUUACGAAACGGUGGAAGAGGUCAGCAGAAUCCCAACGAAGUUUGUAAGGGUCACUCAAGGCUACUAUCUGGAGGAAGAGGCAGUGAGCGUGAAUCCCGGAGACAAACUGGAAGUGAUUCGCGUGGAGCUCGGAAUUGGAGGAAAGGAGGACUGCGUUCUCUUUCGAACUGAAGAACGGAACCCUAUCCGAUUACCUUUCAGUGUUAGCGCUGGAUUCCAGUCCUUGCUUGAUGGGCGAGAGUACUACCUGAAGGAACUGUCGACGUCAUCGCUGAAGUUGCCAAUCUACUUUCAGUUCACGGAUCCUCCAUCGAUAACUCGAAGAUCAAGCGAGAAUGUGUUCAACACUUCCCUUGGUGUCCUGUCAUUUGAAAAGGUUUACCAAGAUACAACUGUCAUCUGCUCCACCAAAGAGGGUAAUGUUAGAACAGUGGUGAAUUGCCCUAAACAUCUUCCAAUCACAGUCAAUGUGGCCCGUGGGGCACUGUCAGAUGACAAGGAUUAUGUCCGUGUUUGCCGCAUCUUCCAUGAUGGUGUAAGUCUUCAUAAGGUCGAGAACAUGGAAAUUCAGAACAUAUAUGCAUCAAGGGAUACAAUAAGAGAGUAUGAGUAUGUGGUAGAUGAUACUCCCCCACCCCCUGUGCCUCCACGUGACAGCUCCUCAGAGGGUUCAAAUUCCCAAGUUGUUGAAGCAAGCAAUUACAAAGAUUCACAAGAUUCUGGUGAUGACGACAGCCAUGAAUACUUGUAUAUUGAUGAAUCUGAGCUUGAUAAACCCAAAACGUCACGGGAAUCAGAGAAAAGUGGUGAUACAGCUCCACCAUCUGGUACCUCACCUGAAGCAGUGGCCACUCAAUCUCUGGAUCAAAAUUCAAAUAAACCAGUACCAAAUAAUGAUGAUGAAGAUGAUGUUUAUAUACAAUUAGACGACAGUCCUUCCCAAACACCAGUAAAAGACAGCAACAAUACACCAACAACACAAAAGCCUGUUAAACCCCCACGCAAACCUAAAGUUGAACCCAAGGAGGGCUUGGAUGGGAGUAAGCCUGAGAUAAAAAGCAAACCACCCCCUAUAAAGCCAAAACCACCUUCUAUAAAGAGGAAGCCUGCAUCACAGAAGAAAGAUGAAAACUUUGUUGUGCCUGAUGACCUGUCACAGAUGUCAAUAAGUGAAGUGUCACAGUUCUUGAGGCACUUCCGCUUUGAAAAUUAUAUCGAAAUAUUCACCGAUAAUGAUGUGGAUGGUGAGCUGCUUGUCAGCCUGGAAGAGGAGGAGCUUAAGGCACUUGGACUGAGUGCAUUUGAGUGCAAGAAAAUAUUAAAACUUAUUGCUGGAUGGAGGCCUAAAAAAUAGGUCUGAAACUUUGAUACUAUUGAUUCCAAGUGUCUGAAUUGAAAUGUUGCUUUUUUCAGGUUGCUUCACACACCAUUUUUUUCAGCUGUAGAUUCAAUGAAAAGUGAUCAUUUGAUAAUUUAAAAUAAUUGGUAUCUUUCGUAUCUUGAGCUUUAACAUGUUGAAUGCACUGCACACACAAUAAACACACACACACACAAAAACUUUGCAAACUUGCAUACUUCUGCAGAGAAUCUUCCCUAACAUGAAACAGUGGAAAGAGAGCCACUUGAGUUAACAUUAUUUCUGUAAGGUUUCAUUGAUCAGUUGAUCAUCAAAUUCAUCAAACGAUAACUUUUUGUUCAUCCAUGACUGAAAUCAAUGAUGCCUGAAACGGCGCGAAGAGCCAUUUCAAUAGAUGAUUGGGAUCAAUAGAGACCAGUGUUAAUAUUUUUAGUAGCUUCUUGAAAGUGAGCGAUAUGGGAUCUUAUUUUAAGAUAAUUAAGAUUGGCUGUUACAUGCUGAAGGCAAAUUUUGAUUUUAGUGUAAGUUUGUUUCUUGUACAUAACGAGCCUGGAGAUUUAGUAUGGAAUGUGGCCUCAAAAAUGAAUUUUUUACUUUUGCUGUAGAAUGUGUGGUUUUCCGUUGGCUGAGGAACGAGUGAAGCAGAAAACAUUUUUCUCACACACGGCUGGGAGUCUGAGUACAAGUGUAUGGGGGUUGCAGGUCAUGUGGCUUUUACCAUCUACCGUUGCCAUCUACCACCCACCCACCUGUGAAGUAUUUUUAAAGUGUACCAGUUGCAGCGAAUUUAUUUAGCCACUUUUUUGUGCUGUUGUAAGACAGUUAUGUUGUUAUGUUAAUAAAGGUCAGGCUGUGUGGUUCGGCUUGCCAUGGCUCCCUGCAGUGAGUGAGAAGUAAAAUGUUCUGUAAACUAUGGUGUUCAUUUACUUUGGAAUGCUAGGUAUCAUUUUAAGAACAGCUGGAUGCCAAUGCUAGUGCUGUAGCUGCUGUGUCAUGAUGUGUUACAUGACUAAUUUAUUUGUUGGCCAUGCACUAUGUCAAGCCUGAACUGUGUAAAAAUGGUCUUAGUGACAACAAAUCAUAGUUUAUAGACAGACCUCUAGUUGCUAACCCGAAAACCACAGGAAAAUACCAGAUGUUUUCAUCAUGUUUUAUAUCUGUGUAUAAACUUUGUUGAUAUAAAAAUUUUGAUUUUAACAAAAGACAGGAGUUGAAAGUCAGCUAAGGUAUGAAAGUAAAGGCGUCAAACACACUCUCGUAAUCUUUGAUUACUGCCAGUUUAUGACAAUGUAAGUUGCUUUAUGCUAGUGAAAGUAACACUUCUAUCAGAAAAAAUGGAACAUAUUUAAUAAUUAAAGACAUUUGUUAGUAUUCUGGCACUCUGUUAUUUAAUAAGCAGCAGAGAUUGGCAUGUUUUAAAGAGUCGUACAUGUAUUGCCAAAUUAUGUUUUUGGUCAAAUUAUCUUUAGUAUAAUGGUGCUGACCAAGUCAAAAUGUUUUCUUGGUCCCUAAAUGUCCCUAAUUUAAUGCUAAUAAGUUUGUUCUCUAGAAAGUGUGUUAUUUUUGUAGUGCUUACUAACUAGGAAGCUUCAUGCUAAGUUAUUAAAAUAAAAUAAGAUAUUUGGUGUUAAUAUUA